AUGGAUCAGAAUUUGAGGGAUGCUUCUGAGCAAGGAAACGUUGACGGCUUGUACUCGUCGAUUGCAAGAGACCCAAAAGUUUUGGACAAGAUCGAUGAGAUUCCGUUUGUUGACACCCCAUUACACGUGGCUGCAGCUGCUGGACAGACCCAGUUGGCGAUGGAGAUGAUGAUGUUAAAGCCAUCAUUUGCUAGGAACCUUAACCCAAAUGGCUUCACCCCCUUGCUCCUUGCUAUGCAUACUAACCGAAUCCGAUUGGUGCUCAAGCUACUUAAAAAUCAUAAGGACCUUGUCUGCGCGCAAGGAAGGGGUGGUAUGAAUCCUUUACAUUAUGCAGCUCAAACAGGAAACCUCGCUCUAUUGGUUGAAAUUUUAAGAGUCUACCCCAAGUCGAUUGAAGUUGUGACAAGUCAAAGUGAGACUGCUCUGCAUGUUGCAGUGAAAAACAACAUGUUAGAUGCUUUUCAGCUCCUGGUUGGAUGGCUUCGGCGAGCCUGGUUUAAAAAUGCGGGAUACUGGGAGAAUUGGAUGCUGACUCGGAGGGAUGUGGAUGGUAACACUGUGCUGCACAUUGCAGCAUCCAAAAAUCAACUCCAGGUAGUAAGGUGGUUAUUGCCUUGUAGAAAUUUUUUUGAUAUAAACGCCAAGAAUUCAGAGGGUCUUACUGCUCUGGACAUGGUGGACAACCAAGAGAUGAGGAAUAUUCUAUGCUGUGCCCAAGCAAAAAGUGCUUCAUCUCUUCCUACGUUUGCUUCUUGGGCAGAUUACUUCAGAUCUCCUAUCAAAAUUAAGGAGAUGUUAUUCGUAUAUCUCUUUCGUCAGAGAAUGCGAAUGUCAAAUGACAUGCGCAAUAUGUUGUUGGUGGUUGCUGUACUGCUUGUAACAAUCGCCUACCAAGCAGUACUCAGCCCCCCUGGAGGAUUUUGGCAAGAUAACUACAUUCCUGGAACCAAUAAUCAGUUCAAUAUCACAGCCACUACCAACGCUACUAAUGAAGUCAAUCAAGUCCCACAUUGGGUGGGGACAAUGAUAUCAAGGGAUAAGAUUCCUGAAUGCACGGGAAAUCAAAUCCUCUCCUUGCCUAUAAAUACAGGUCAUGUUAUCAAAGCAAAGUUCAAAUCAUUCGUGCGUUGGUCAAAUCGAGCUUGUUGGGCGUGCCACGUCAUUUUACAGAAAACUGUGCCUGAACAGUUUGGCGCAGUCUGUGGGAACUUCGAUUUUCAUCAGUUCUCUACUAAUCCAAAAUGGUGA